AUGCUCCGAUACGAAGCGACUACAACUACUCUUGCACUCGCCGCAACUACCCGACUGUACAUCCUCCGCAACCACCAUGGCCACCCCGGCAAAGCGUGUACCUACCCCGCGAGCGGCGGCCCCGCACCACCGCCUCUAUCACCUACGCCGGCAGUCCUUCUUCACCCCGAGUAUGGGCUCGACACUAGCCCUUCGAAUCAGACCGAGGGGUCGUCCAACAUUGAGCUGGUCGAGAACAGCAGCCUAGAGACUCCGGCCGACGCGCUCCGACUACUCUGCUCAGUCGCUGAUAACGAAGGAUCGGGACCCGAAGUUACAUCCGAGUCGGAUGUUUCACCAGAGCGCGGCCAUGACCGCGGCAUGUGGAACCGGUGGAUGCCAGUGCGCGACGGCCUGUUGACGUCGGACGAGGCGGAGACGCUGCUCAACUGCUUCUCCACGAAGAUCAACCCGUGCUACCCGAUUGUACCGAACGAGCUCCUCCAGCCUCAGAACUUUGGUGAGCUGCAGCGUGAGCCAAUUCUCCUCGCAGCGAUCGCCUGUGUCGCUGUUCGCUACGUCAACCUCGGGCAGUCGUAUGAUCCCUACGAGCCGAGCCGCUCUCGCCUCGUGCAGAGCAAACUUGUGUCAUGGUUGAUGCAGCGGAUCGGAUACAUCACUAUGGGAGCCGCGACAAUGCGCACCAUAGGCACUGUUGAAGCACUCCUCGUGCUCAGCGAGUACCCUCCUCGGCCAAUGCUCAUCGAGGAUCCGGCAGCGACCGCGCAGGGAGGCAAGCGUCAAGAGACGAACACAGCGUGCAAGUCGCAGGACAAUCUGUCGUGGACUCUUAUCGGUCUGGCCGUAAGGAUAGCGCAGGAACUGUCUCUUCCAGACGAGUCGACCUAUAUCAUCGUCCCCGGUGCCGAGUCGUGGAAGGCCGCGAGGCGGGUUAACGCAUGGUUCUACUGCCUCUCCGCUGAUCGACACGUAUCUGUUCGCCUGGGCCGCGCAUCGCUAGUGCAAGCCAAAAUGUCUUCAUGCUGGUGGGAGACGAUGAUCGGCAUUCUCCAGGAGCUCCUCUAUUCCAAGCCCAGUGUCACAGAAGAGCACAUGCGGACAGGGCGGUAUGAACCCAUCCUCCACCGCAUGAAGCCCGAGCUCGACUCGCUAUGGGUCUGGAUCGCCGGCGACCUGCCGCCGAGUUGGCCACCUCAGUCUACAGGCGAGUACCUCACGCCAGACGAGCUUCGGGAAAUCCUGUGGCGUAUCGAGCACGACUAUGUCAGGCUGUACGCCAACGCCAUUUCACUCCGAGCCACACAGGCCCGCAUUCGACGGCUGCACCUCGACAAGGCAGGAGAGCGGGUCAUGCACGGUGCGGUUCUGCAGUACGCCGAAGGCCCAUUCUUGCUCGAAGCCGUCGACGCGGCCACACACCUCCUACGAUACGGUAUCGCUCUUCACAAGCGCAAGACUCUGCGGUACUGCCCUGGCCGAAUCUUCCUGCGCAUCAUGUACGCCAGCGUGUUCCUCAUGAAGGCGAUCUCAUUCGGUGUCAUCUUGCCUCCAGCACAAGACAUCGUUGACAUGCAGUACGAGAUGAUCCGCGGGUUCCGCGAGGCCAGCAUCGACGAGGAGCACGUGGCUUGGGAGCUGGCCACCCUCCUGAGCCGUAUUUUCCCGUCACUUCCGAGCCCCGGAGCAGCAGUCGAAGCGCGAAAUGCCGAUGCCGACUCUACUGCUCUCAUGGACCCGCUGCAGAUCGCGUUCGAGGCGACCGCCGGUGCUGACGGGGCAUUGGCACCCGAUCUGGAGCAGACGGACCUGUUUGCGAGCCUUGGAUUCGACCCGAUCGCGAUUCUCUGGGGCAAGGAUGGACCUGCCGGUGGGUCAGAGUUGGCUGCAGGCUAUGGGUUUGAUGGUGAUGUGCAUUUGUAAGCCGAUUCUAUGGUUGUAGUCAG